AUGAUUUCAAAUUCGGAAGCUUCAGAUUCUAGUGAAAUCAAUUUUGCAUUUUGUGCAGCAAAACGUGCAAGGCAUGAAGACAAUGUUGCUGCAGGUGCAGGGUGUGAGAGGUUCAAAGGGAUUGUGCCUCAGCAAAAUGGACAUUGGGGUGCCCAGAUAUAUUCUAACCACCAGAGAAUAUGGUUGGGGACUUUCAAAUCUGAAACAGAGGCUGCUAUGGCUUAUGACAGCGCCACCAUCAAGCUCAGAAGCGGAGAAAGCCAUAGGAACUUCCCAUGGAAUGAUCAAACGGUUCAGGAGCCUCGCUUCCAAAGCCAUUACAGCAUAGAAACAGUGCUGAACAUGAUCAGAAAUGGCACAUAUCAAACCAAAUUUUCAACCUUUUUGAGGACCCAGAAUUCUCUUGAAGGAAUUGGAACCAGUACCAAACAUUUAGGCGUGAAGGGUCAUGAACAAUUCUCUUGCACACAUCUUUUCCAGAAGGAAUUGACACCGAGUGAUGUGGGUAAACUCAACAGGCUUGUCAUCCCUAAGAAACAUGCAGUCACCUAUUUUCCUUCGGUUUGUGGCGGUUCAGGAGCAACAAAUGGUGGCGGUGAAAUGGAUGGUGUUGACAUUGAAGUUGUGUUUUAUGACAAGCUCAUGCGGUUGUGGAAAUUUCGAUACUGCUAUUGGAAGAGCAGCCAGAGCUAUGUGUUCACGAGAGGGUGGAAUCGGUUUGUGAAGGAUAAGAAAUUGAAGGCUAAAGACAUCAUUGCAUUUUACAUGUGUGAGCCUAUAAGCUGCAGGAUAACAGGAGAAGUGUUUUCUUUGAUUGAUGUAAUCUAUAAUAAUAAUAAUAAUAAUAAUGCAGAUCAUAGAAGGCAAUGUGUAGAUGAGACACAAAAUUUGGGAAACAAGUUAAUUUGCAGUGAUGAAGUAGAAGAUCAAGAUGAAGGACAAGAGACUAAGGAUAGAAAGGACGAUUUGAAUGCACAAAGAGGUUUGAGGCUCUUUGGCGUAAGUAUCAACUGA